GGCCCAGUUGUCAUGGCAUCCACCAAGUGGCGCUUUGGAUCCGAGGAGGAUCAGAUUACAGUCCGCCCCGUUCUGCCGCUACUGUUGUCUAUCCGUAAUGCGUGCGCCGUUAGAUGAAGGGACGACGGGGCGCAGGGCAGUCCGUGUGGAACUAAGGGCCACUUCCAAGUACUGGACACACAGCACUGAAGCGGCCCUUUGAAGCUGAACGAGUGUGUGUGGCCCCCUGAAGUCCGACAUGAUUGAAACAAUAGAUACCCAGCAUGCCUUGCAGGCGGUGGAGCGGCUCCAGGCCCGGCUGCGAGAGCGGGGGGAGGAGAAGCCCACCGAGGAGAAGCUGAGCCUGCUGCGCUCCGUGCUCCAGAGCCCCCUCUUCCACCAGAUCCUGGCCCUGCAGAAGACCGUCCAGCAGGCCAAGGACCAGGACUUCCAGGAAAGCGUCCCGUCCUGUCUCGGCAGAGACCUGACCAACGAUGUUGCGGCGGCGAAGCCCAACGGCGUCCAUCUUCCCUACUCGGACACCUCCGCCGUCCCGCACGCCAACAGCAACGCCCCCUCCCCGGACGGCUUCGAACAGAUCCUCCAAACCAUGGCGCAGGGCCGUCACGUGACCUACGUGGAGCUCCUGAAGCCCGUGUCGGGGGGCCUGGGCUUCAGCGUGGUGGGCCUGAGGAGCGAGAACCGCGGUGAGCUGGGCAUCUUCAUCCAGGAGAUCCAGCGGGGCAGCGUGGCACACUGCGACGGGAAGCUGCGGGAGGCGGACCAGAUCCUGGCCAUCAACGGCCAGCCGCUGGACCACAGCGUGACCCACCAGCAGGCCAUCGGGAUCCUGCAGAGGGCCUCGGAGCGCGUCCAGCUCACGGUGGCCCGCGGGCCCAUACCCCAGCUGGCCAGCCCGCUGGUGUCCCGGACCCCCUCCGCCGCCAGCACCCUGUCGGCCAACUCCAGCGCGCAGUGGCAGCACAUGGAGACCAUUGAGCUGGUCAACGACGGCACAGGCCUGGGCUUCGGCAUCGUGGGCGGGAAAACCACCGGCGUUAUCGUCAAGACGAUCCUGCCAGGAGGCGUCGCCGAUAAGGACGGCCGGCUCCACAGCGGGGACCACAUCCUGCGGAUCGGGGACACCGACCUGCAGGGCAUGGGCAGCGACCAGGUGGCCCAGGUGCUGCGGCAGUGUGGGAACCGGGUGCGGCUGGUGGUCACCAGGGGCCCCGCGGAGGAGGGGGGCCCCGCCGCCGCCCCCGUCUCCCUCCCCACCGUCACCGAGCAACAGGGCUCAGGGGACGAAGAGGAGGAGGCGGACGCCUUCGACGUCAGCCUCGCCAAGAACGCCCACGGCCUGGGCAUCACCAUCGCCGGCUACGUGGCGGACAAGAACCUGGAGCCCUCCGGUAUCUUCGUGAAGAGCAUCACCAAAGACAGCGCGGUGGAGCAGGAUGGCCGCAUCGCCGUGGGGGAUCAGAUCGUGGCGGUGGACGGGGUGAACAUCCAGGGCUACACCAACCAGCAGGCGGUGGAGGUCCUCCGCCACACGGGCCAGACGGUCCACCUCCGCCUGGUCCCCCGCGGCUUCAGGCCGGAGGAGGCCGGCCCCCCGGCCACCGACCAGGGCCCCCCCGCCGCCGACCAGGACCCCGGGGUCGCCGUGGAGCCCCGCCCCAUCGGCCCCGCCCCCAUCACCAGCCCCAGCCCCAGCACCACCACCACCGUCACCCUGGAGGAGGAGCCGGAGCUGGAGACGACGGCCGGGGAGGCGGAGCUAGCUUACGAGGACAUCAAGCCACUCAGCCCGGACCGCAGCAACGGAUCCGAUGUCAGCCUCGCUAGCGAUCAUCUGACAUCGGAAAGGGACGGGAACCGGCUCAGCGCCUUCGAAGAGCAGCAGCUCACCGAGAAGUGGCAAGGCCUUCUGGGACCCAGCAAUGAAGUAGUAGUGGCGCAGGUGGAGAAGUUCACCGAGAGCAGCGGUCUGGGGGUGAGCCUGGAGGCCAGCGGGGGGCACCACUACGUCCGCUCGGUCCUACCCGAGGGUCCGCUGGGGCGCAGCGGGAAGCUGUUCAGCGGAGACGAGCUGCUGGAGGUCAAUGGCAUCUCUCUGAUUGGUGAGAGCCACAAGGAGGUGGUCCGGAUCCUGAAGGAGCUUCCCCUCUGUGUGUACAUGGCAUGCUGUAGGCCCGCCCCCGUUCCACAGACUGAUGCGGACGUCAGCCAAUCAGAUGACUUGUCUACGGACUCUCUUGUAAAGACGCAAGCGGACCCGGGCGCUUUCCUGGCCGCGCCGGAACUCUCGGAGGCGGACGAGGCGGAGAUGACGGCGGCGAUGAUGAUGACGAUGAUGACGGAGGCGGAGGUGCAGGAGGAAGAGGCCGUGCCGGUGGAGGGGCCGGUGUCCCCCCUGGCCAUGUGGGAGUCGGAGAUCCAGCACAUCGAGCUGGAGAAGAGCGAGGGAGGACUGGGAUUCAGCAUCCUGGACUACCAGGAUCCGAUGGACCCCGCCAAAACAGUGAUCGUGAUUCGCUCCCUGGUGCCCAAUGGCGUGGCGGAGUGCGACGGCAGGCUGUUGCCGGGCGACCGGCUGAUGUUCGUCAACGCCACCGACCUGGAGAACGCCACGCUAGAGGACGCCGUCCAGGCCCUGAAGGGUGCCAAGCUGGGCGUCGUCCAGAUUGGGGUGGCCAAACCGCUGCCUGGAAUAUACAGAUAUUCCGGCUCUCGGCAGCCGCAAUGCGAUGAGCAAAGAAGUUCUUCCUCACCUUCUUCUUCCUCGCCAUCGUCACCAUCACCGCCAUGGCCCGCCAUGGGUUUACUAGGGUGUCCCUCUAUGUGGGGUAGAGACGGAGAUGCCGAGGGGACUCUGUACCGGGCAGAACCGGCCCUGAUCGACGCCGGCGACACGGAUCUCCAUGACGACCGGGCGCUGGACCUCAGCUACUCGGGGAUGGAGGACGACUCGCUGCACGCCUCCAUGAUCGCCCUGCACGGCAGCAUGUGCAGCGGCCGGGUCAGCGCCGCGGGCGGGGGUGGGGGUGACGCCAUGGAGCCCCUAGACCACCACCUGGGACCCCUGCACUCCUUCUCCACCCCCAAGCUGUUGCCACGGCGCUCGGAGCCUCUGGACGAGAUGGCCGCCUUCGAAGCGAUGGACGCCUUCGGCGACGCCACGGAGCCCUUCUCCCCCACUGACGCCUCGAUGGCGUUCGGGCCCCCGGGGUACGAGACGUCUUACCGGGGCCCGGACGCCAUGGCCGCCGUCUGCGGUUUCGCGGAAGCAGAAGGCGGGAUGGAUCUCUACGGCAGCAUGGAGCCGCUGGUGGGAGGGGAGGGUGGAGGUGAGGAAGAGGAGGGGGAGGAGGAGGAGGAGGAGACGGUGGAGGCGCGGCGCUACGAGAUCGAGGCGGGAGACGCCGGGAGCGCCAGGAACGCCAGCGCUCUCUUCGUGAAGGAUGGGUCAGAGGUGAUGAGCCCUCCCUCAACAGACAGUGAAGAGGAUACGACAACUCUCGGCAGUGAUUUUGAAAGAACCAUCACGGUCGUCAAGGGCAACUCCAGUCUCGGCAUGACGGUGAGCGCGGUGAAGGAGGGUCUGGGCAUGCAGAUCCGCAGCGUGAUCCAUGGCGGCUCCAUUAGUCGCGACGGGCGGCUGGGCGUGGGCGACCUCAUCCUGAGCAUCAACGGAGAGCCCACCGCCAACCUGAGCAACGCCCAGGCGCGCGCCAUGCUGCGACGCCACUCCCUCAUAGGGCCCGACCUGGGAUCUGCUUGUUCACCCGAGGAUGAUGUGUGCCCCUUUUAUGUCAUCACCUACGUCCCGGCGGAGUAUCUGGAGGACUACAAGGCCGGCCUGGUGAUGAAGGCUCAGGACGACCUCACCCCCGGAGCCCCCGCCCCACCAGCGGGCCAGAGCAGUCCGAAGCUACCGGAGCGAGAGGACGGAGAGGGAGAGGAGAGCGCCUCGUACAGCAACUGGAACCUAGCCCGGAAGGUGGAGCUGUUCAGGGAGACGGGCAAGUCGCUGGGGAUCAGCAUCGUGGGGGGGCGCGGCAUGGGCAGCCGGCUGAGCAACGGGGAGGUGAUGAGGGGCAUCUUCAUCAAGCACAUCCUGGACGACAGCCCCGCCGGCCGCAACGGCACCCUGAAGACGGGCGACCGCAUCGUCGAGGUGGACGGCGUGGACCUGAGGGACGCCAGCCACGAGGAGGCUGUGGAGGCCAUACGCAAGGCGGGAAACCCCGUCGCCUUCCUGGUCCAGAGCAUCAUCCACCGUCCCCGGUCCUCCACCACCGACUCGCACGAGGAACGGGCCGCUGCCGCCGAAGCCGCCACCAAGGACAAGCCUACGAAGUGGGAGGUGGGUCGGGCGUCGCCCACCUGGCCCCCUCCCCCGCUCCUGGUGGUCCCCCACGUGGGGGAGACAGACACAGACACCCUGAGCCAGGUCCCGGACAGCCCAACCCCCGACCGUCGUGAGGAAGAGCGAGAGGAAGACGAAGAGGACGUGGAGGAUGAGUUUGGCUACAGCUGGAGUCAGAUCACCCAGCGGUACGGCGGGCUCCCGGGGGCCCUCCACAUGCUGCAGCUGGAGAAGGGCCGGGCCGGCCUGGGCCUCAGCCUGGCGGGGAACCGGGACCGCGCCCGCCGCAGCGUCUUCGUGGUGGGCAUCGACCCCCAGGGGGCGGUGGGGCGCGACGGACGCAUGGCGGUGGGGGACGAGCUGCUGGAGAUCAAUGGGCAGAAGCUGCACGGCCACAGCCACCAGAACGCGUCUUCCAUCAUCAAGAGCUCACCUUCUAAAGUCAAGAUCAUUUUCGUCAGGAACACCGGGGCCCUGGGCCAGAUGGCCGUGGGGCCGGUGGGAGCGGGCCUAGAGGAUGGGUGCCCCCAGGAGCAGCCCCCCGUAGAGUUUGAAUCGAGCUCCCCGUGUGAGGCUGAGAGAGAUGAGGCCGACAAGGAGGAACACGAGCCACACCAUAUCGUACAACACAAGGACGACGGCGAGCUAGGCAUCACCUUCCUGGACGGGGACACCUCGCAGGGGGUGGAGGUUCAGAGCAUAUCGGAGAUGCAGGGACACACGGCGAAGGAGGGUUGCAUGAAACCGGGGGAUAAACUGUUGACAGUGAACGGUGAAUCUGUGCUGGGCUACUCCCUAGAGAAGAUCUACUCACUGCUGAGGAACACCACGGGGCCGGCCAAGAUAACCUUCUGCUCGGACAAGAGCCUUCCUCCCUGCACCACCUCCUCGUCCUCUUCCUCGUCCUCCCUCUGCCCAACGGUGGACGCCGUGGUCAGCAGCCAGAGCCAGGGGGCGUCCAUCGACGCGGGCCUCACCAGCUCUCCCAGCAUGCCUUGCAGCAGCUUGGACUCCAUCGACCAGGCGGAACCGGAACUCGUCAGCAGUCCGAGUCGCCCUUUGACCCCGAGCACCCUGACCUCUGACCCCUCGACCUGCCCCAUUAUCCCCGGCUGUGAGACCACCAUCGACAUCUCCAAGGGCCGGACGGGCCUCGGUCUCAGCAUCGUCGGGGGCGUCGAUACCCUGCUGGGGGCCAUCAUUAUCCACGAGGUUUACGAGGAGGGGGCGGCCUCCAAGGACGGCCGUCUGUGGGCAGGAGACCAGAUUCUGGAGGUGAACGACAUGGACCUGCGGGCGGCCAGCCACGACCAGGCCAUCAGCGUGCUGCGCCAGACCCCCCAGCAGGUGAGGCUGCGGGUGUACCGGGACGAGGCCCAGUUCAAGGAGGAGGACCUGUGGGACACCUUCACCGUGGAGCUCCUAAAGAGCCCCGGCCAGGGCCUGGGCCUCAGCAUCGUGGGAAGAAGGAGUGACACGGGCGUGUUCGUGUCGGACAUCGUCAGCGGGGGCCUGGUGGACAGCGACGGCCGUCUGAUGCAGGGCGACCAGAUCCUGUCCGUCAACGGCGAGGACGUGAGGUCCUCCACCCAGGAAGGGGUGGCGGCCAUUCUGAAGUGCUGCGUGGGGCCCAUCGUCGUGGAGGUGGGCCGGUUCAAAGCGGGGCCCUUCCACUCCGAGAGGAGGCUGUCCCAGGGCAGUGGCCCCGUGGGGCUGGCCUCCUCGCCCAGCGACCCGGGGAGCCAUGACGACUUGGAUAAACACGGCCGGAGUCAGGAAUCUCUGGACCAGCAGGAGGUCAGGGACGUGCAGUUCACCAAAGGGCCCUCCGACUCGCUGGGCAUCAGCAUCGCAGGGGGCCUGGGCAGCCCCUUGGGGGACGUUCCCAUCUUCAUCGCCAUGAUGAACCCGGGGGGGCUCGCCGCCCAGACCCAGCAGCUCAAGACGGGCGACCGGAUCGUGAGCGUCUGUGGAACGCCAGCGGACGGCAUGACCCACGCACAGGCCGUGGCUCUGCUGAAGAGCGCCACGGGCACCAUCGAGCUGCAGGUGGUGUCGGGUGGUGACACCACAGUGACGGGCCCACCAGAGGCCCAGGGGGUGGAGGCUCUCACACCCAGCUGCAUCUUCCAGGACGACCUCAGCCCCCCGCAGUACAAGUCCAUCACCCUGGACCGGGGACCUGACGGCCUGGGCUUCAGCAUCGUGGGGGGCUACGGCAGCCCCCACGGAGACCUGCCCAUCUACGUGAAGACCGUCUUCGGAAAGGGCGCGGCGGCGGAGGACGGGCGUCUGAAGCGUGGGGACCAGAUCAUGGCGGUGAACGGCGUGACGCUGGAGGGCGUGACCCACGAGGAGGCCGUGGGCAUCCUGAAGAAGACCAAGGGCACCGUCACCCUCACCGUGUUGUCGUAGAAACCGUCCCCGUAGCAACACCCGUGGACCACCACAACAUAUGAACUCCUGGCGUAUCAUUAAAUGUAUGCAUAUUAAACCCACUGACCAUGUGCACACACACACACACACACACACACACACACACACACACACACACACACACACACACACACACACACACACACACACACACACACACACACACACACACACACACACACACACACACACACACUCCCUUGUUGUAGCUUUAUUUUAUACAAUACUUAAAACUAUGAAUCUCAUUUUCGGGAACGCCCACACACAGUCGUAGCCUAGCGUAGCUGAACCACACCGCGUCCGCGAAUACUUAAUAUCCGAGUUAAACCGGAUACACUCGUUCAUACACACUCUGGGGACGGACUGGAGGGCAAUAAUUACGUGGGGUGUUUGGUAAUAAAACACUAAAAUGACAUGGGGCUGCUUUGCGUUGAAGAUAACGGUUAUAAAACCGCAAUAUAAAAACCUUGGUUGUACCAAUUGAGUUGCUUUGAAUAUAAAAGAUGAAUUGAGAAGUAUUUAAACACUUGAGAGUCAAUUAGUGAUCAUCUGUGUUAUUAUUAUUUCACUGUAUCACUGUUCUGUCCUGGGGUGUGGUCAGCCACUGUUAAUACAUGUAUAAACUGUUUGAUUCUAACUCAAUGGUAGAUGCUGCUACAACUGCUGUUUAAAAUGGGAUCCGAUUCACAAAGUCGCCGCAUCGGGGGAGUGAUCCCACCUCAUCCACUGAAAUCUAGCGCUGCUAAAGCAACCUUUACACGACAGUAUUCUGUAAAUACCUGAAGACCCGUGAGCGCGUGAGCCUGGGCUGAAUCAUAUCCAAGAGCACAUUUAUCCAGUAUCCUUUGUGUCGUUGCUGUAGACCAUUGAGGGCUAUAUUCCCGGGUGUAUUAUGAUGAGCCAGAACUCAAAGACGUACUCUGUAUAAUUACGUACCGUCUGCUAGGUUUCACAUCAAUGAACUCGUUCUUCCGUUCGUAUAUCACUGAACGUCUGGUUUCUCUAGGCUCGGCACCGGGUACUACCGAUUCUGUUUCCUCGCUGUGAAUUUAAUAAAAGUGACCUUCAGACUCCUGUUUUACUUGCGUGGUUAAUUUUUUCAUUGAUGUUUGUAUAAUUGUAAUACGUUCGUAUAAAGUUUAUAUUUUCCUCGCCAUUCUAUAUCGAAUGUCGCUCUCGUCACUUACAAGCUUGGGUUGGUAUUUGAGUAUAUUAUAAUAUAUACACACAUUAAUUCAUGUUUUUAUUCAAACGUUGUCAAGCCUUUCUUUGACAUUCAAUCAAAGACAGAAAUUGACCGACAGAUGGGUAUAUCCAUCAUUUCCCGUUAACAGAGAUUAUAAUAAUAAGGGUUGCUUCUGUGCCUCUCUGAAUGAAGGCAACACUCCCUCAGCUCAGUACAUCAAUAUGUGUUUCGACAUCUGAACAGCAUAGUCAGCGAACGCGCGUACAUUUUACGCACAAUAUCCGUCUUGAUUCACCAGAAGCAAACAAUCUGCACUUUAUGUCCUCGAUGAAAAAAAGCUAUAAUUCAGACAAUAAAGCAAUGUCAAACAAUCAUUAAUGUCAAAACCAACCGGAUGGCCUGUCAAACAUAAAUGUUGACUGUGUGGAGGUCCAUGUGAACUGCAAACACAGGCUGAGGGACUGAAUAGGGCCCGUGUUGUCACUAGAGACGUGCAUAAUAAAGGUUUUGUCAGAAGGUACAACUGGGACAGUGUGACUGACAGCCCUCAUUAAAAUUGCCCAAGAAACAUGGAGAAGCAGAGAGUCGACUCAGGUUACCCUCUGACAACACUGCCGUGAUGAACAGAUAGUCCAACCUUUAAAAAUAUAUUAUAUUAAAUAAUACAUUUAUAAAAUAUAUAUGUUAGCUCACAGGGGCGUCACACACCUUGUCUUUCCUGAAACCCGCAAAAAAUGUCAUGAAUCAACAACCACAAGCAUUGUGUACAGUCAGCCAUCUUACAUCUAUCCAAGACAGCUAACAUAAAAAGUUGUAAUUUGGACCAAUAAAAUCUCGUUUUAAAACCCUUUCAGACAGAAUCGGUGUGGAUAAAACAAAAGGAAAAAAAGCAAUUAAACAAGGACUUCUUUUGAAAGCAAAUAUGUUGCCUUAAUUUUCUAUUUACCAAAUUUUACUCAAUACAAUUUUUGGUCAAAUACUUUGAAAAAAAGUAUUCA